GCUUGGCGGGAGAGGCUCCAGGCGCUGCAUCCCCGUCGAAAUAAAGGUUUUGGCGGUGCUUCGCAUGCUGGGAAGAGGAAACUAUUUUGACGAUGUCUCGGAGGUCACGGGCACGGGCGAGGCCACGGUGAACCGCCUGUUCCACCAGUUCACGGAAUGAUUCGAGCCUCCAGAGUCCGAUCAGGGCGCCAUCAAACAAGGCCGAGGCAGGAUUCAAGAGGCAACUCGAGAGCGUCCGCAAGGACUUAGAGUGCUGCUUCGGCGUCUGAAGGGCCGGUUCAGAAUUUUGAGAUGGGUUUCCUCCACAGGAAGAGAGAGAAUAGACAACAUCUUCUUCACGUGCGUCAUACUGCACGACAUGCUUCUCGCCUACGACGGGAUCGAGCUGCUGGAGGCGGAUUGCGACUGGGCCGGAGCGGACGGCAACCUCGACGACCACAUCGUGCACCCUGACGCGCGGAGGAUGGCGAUCACGCACGAGGCUGAGGUUGUGGAGUGGGACGACGACUUCCUCGAACUGAGGCAGAAGUUGGUGACCAACUUCGCUUACCGAUGGGGGCAGGGGACCGUUGGGUGGAAAAGGUCGUGAUGGACUCUUGGCAAGUCACAUAUUGCUACGUGGGUGUCCUUUGGCGGGGAGCUGGGGGUGGGGGCUUGUUGACGGCGUUGUCCGUCCCUCCGACUGUACGUUAACUUCUCGGUUCUCUAUGAUUUGAGUUUAGUUUCGCUGGAGGGUGGGCGGUCUCGUGUGGUCGUUAGUUUCCCCGCUGAGCAAUGAAAUGGGUACGAUGGCGGCAAAAGACUUCGCCUCUGGAUUUAGUCUUUUCUGUACGUCGUCUUUCGAGUGCGUGUUUUGUCCCCAGAGAUUCUCUGGUAUGUGGAAUCCCGGUCUACUGGCAGUAUUUUGGAAUCUUGCCCUGAGUGUAGCAAUUAAAUGUGGUCGUGGUUCUGACUCACGUUUGUGCCGGAGUAAUCGCCGCUCUCUGCGCAACACCUUUUCGACCAGGUUUGUGGUGCGAAGUUUUAGUGGGGGAGGGGGAGAUGGGGGGCGUUUGGGCUUGAGGUCACCGCUGCCAAGAACAUCCUUCGAGUUUGGGGGGAACUAACGGUGAUCAAUCACGAUGCACAUCGUAUCGAAGCAACGCAGCGUAGGUGGAAACCCCAGGGACGGUGUCACCGCGACAAGGGUGCCUUCAGAAGUGACACGCGUAUCGCAGCGGUCGGUUGCGAUCUCUCAAUUGUUUGUCUUUUGCUUCUAAUGGAGGUCGCCCCCUAAAACAAGGGCCGUUGCAUAAGGCAGGCGCUACACCUUGAAUAUUAAAAGUUUGAAGACCUGGCAUUCUCGCGAGAGGAACUGCAUCAUGGCACACGGUACCUCCAAAGCACUCACUUGCCCCCCACGGACCCACCAAUUGUUCGUUCUGCCCAGUACCACACUUGGCAACCUGCCCCCCCCCAAGUUAAGACACGUUCGCGAGAGUUCUCGGUCGUUCCACACGGAACUACGUCAAGAUUUACUCGCAUCACAUCCCUAACUAUCCCUAGCCUAAACCGCGAACCUUCCACGCUAUCAAGAACACACCUUCCAAACGCCUCCUCCCCAUAAGAUUUUGCUUAGUAGUUCCCCUAGACACCCAUGUCAUUCGGAAUCGGACUGAUUCUCACGAAAAGCCUCCGAAUGAAUGCGGCCAGGCAAAGCUCCUGGUGCCAUGACUCAACAGCGUCUCAUCACGCAAGACGACACCGAAACGGAAAACACGACGCCGAUAUCAUCACUGAUUGAAUUAGAAUUCCAUAUAUAUUUCACGGUGUUCUUCGGUUACAUCAAUUCCGCUGCACAAUGCAUCUCCAGCCGGUAAACCCCAAGAAUUAUGUCAGGAAACAUCGACAUGGGAUCAACCUUCCUUUGGAAUACGGCAGAAGUACCCAACUGCGUAAAUGUUGGCGUUACCUACCAGCCGGGAAACGCCGGUUCAUUUACAAUACUGUGCACAAUAACAAGUGCAUCAAUCACCAACAAGUUCCCCACAACAAACCAUUAACCCACUGGCAAGCAAUGUACCGACACGAGUCGGAAGCACUGAAUCCUCGACAUUCCUAACCAGAAAAUUGGGGGAACCCCCUCCCGCAGAGACUACAUAGGCAGGAGGUGGUUACCCAUCUCUGAAA